AAUCUCCCUUGAGCUUGCGGAUUGGAGCAUUCUUCUGUGAGAUGGCGUCCACAAGCGAGGUGUACAUCUCAAAAUCUGCGGACGCACCGAUUUCAAGCUCGGAAGUAGAUUCCCUUCAUAUGAAGAAGGUGACGUUCUGGACGAUGCCGUCAAGUCCGCCAGGUUUGGAGAAGGACACGUCCAAGCCCAUGUACGUGCCAUUGGAGGAGGAUGUGGCCUGGUGCCGCUCCACAGCUUCGGGCAGUUCACCAGAUAGCUCCGAAGAGGAGGCAGAAGGGGAGAAGCAGGACACCAUCAACGAUGAGGACUUGGAUAUCUCGCACCUUCUUGCUGGCAUGGCAUCGCUCAUUGGCAAUGAUGAUGAACAUGAAGUACCAAGUGAAGACACGGCAGUGGCGACAGAAGCAGAUUUGAAGGCAAUCGAAGAGCACUGGAGCUGGGGCACUCCGGCGUACAUGCGCCCGAAGAAUUUCUGCGCAUGGUGCGGGGUGCCCAGGAUGAUCUCUCACAGCUUUUGCCCACAAUGCGGGGUCGCCUUCGCCUAUCUGGACUGAAGGGGAAGCAUUAAAUAAGAUCGAGGCUCGUGGGUUCCCAGUCAGGCAACCCUGGUGAACACCACACGGAGUUUGUUGGCGAUUUGCG